CAUGACGCAAUCGCGUCAGCCACUCUCCACCGCUGCUGCUGUGUGUGUGUGUAUGUGGUAAAGUUGAAGUUAAAGCCACUCAAACGUCUUUUGUCUUCCUCGUUCAGUCUCAGUCUUCGAGUUUACGCUGCUCCGGCGCGUGUUUGCGUCUCAGUCUCUGCUCUGAAGCGGACGUGACCUUUGUUUGCGCGUGUUUUCACUCAAAGUUCGGCGGCAGUUAGCAUGUGGCUGCUAGCCGGCUAACAGCAGUUUGCAGUGGAGUGAACGUGACAGGAAGCAGGAGCGGCCUCAGGUACAGUGUCUGUGAAGUUCGGGAAGCGGUUGCCAUGGAACCGGCGUGGCGUCAGCAGGGUCGCGGUCGAGGCCGCAGCCAGAAUGGUCAGGGUGAACGACCCCCGCCGAAAGAGAGAGAGAGGCCAGGGGUCGCCGCGGGAGCGUGGGCCGCAGGACGUGGAGGAAAGAUGAAGGUCGCCGCUGCAACUGAGCCUGAGCCUCCACAGGGUGAGGACACGCCCUCUCUGAUGUCAUCAGAUCAAACUGAUGAUUGUUUAUUUAUGAUUGAUUUUUCUCCACUGGCAGCUGCGUCGGUCCAGUCCAAGUUUGAGGAGAUCAGGAAGUCGAACCAGGCCGCUGCUCAGCGAUUGGUGCAGAGUCAGAUAAGCUCCUCCUCCUCCGAUGAAGAUGAUGAAGACGACGACGGAAACCACAAGGACGGAAAGAGAGGGAAGAUCCUGGCAUCGACCUUCACCAUCUACACAGACCAGACAGGUGGUGAUGUCACUGGUCUGGUCAGGACUGGUCAGUACGUCAGUGACCUGUUUCAGUCCGGCGCCCUCACCUGUCUCAUCUGCAUCGCGUCCGUGAAGAGAACACAGCCGGUGUGGAGCUGCAGUAGCUGCUUCUCUCUCUUCCACCUUCCUUGUAUCCAGAAAUGGGCGAGAGACUCCGCCUUCCUCGUGUCCUCUGUCACCGACGACGACUUUGGUCAGAAACAGCACCCGUGGCCCUGUCCAAAGUGUCGAGCUGAGUAUCCUCCCAGUGCCACGCCCAACAGGUACACGUGUUACUGUGGGAAACUCCAGGAUCCUCCCGCUGACCCCUGGUUGGUCCCUCACUCGUGCGGCUCCGUCUGUCAGAGGGAGAUCAAACCCUCCUGUGGACACACCUGUCUGCUGCUCUGUCACCCCGGUCCCUGUCCACCGUGUCCAAAGAUGGUGGCUGUUUCCUGUCUGUGCGGCAAAGCUAAGCCCCUCCCCCGUCGCUGUAGCAACAAGGCUUGGUCGUGUCAAAAACAGUGUGGCAAGUUGUUGAGCUGCAAACAACACAAAUGUACACAACCCUGUCACACAGAGUGUUCUCCGUGUCACAGAGUCAGUGUUCAGUCGUGUGUGUGUGGCAGAGAGAAAACUCAGAGGCCGUGUGCGAGUCCUCAGUGGAACUGUGAAGAGGUGUGUGGCUCUCUUCUCUCCUGUGGGAAUCACACCUGUGAAGUCAAAUGUCACGACGGAGUCUGUCCUCCGUGUCCUCGCUCGGUCAGCAGAACCUGUCCCUGCGGCAAAACCAAGUCGUCUCUGCCCUGCACAGAGGAAGUGCUGCUGUGCGGCGACACGUGUGAUCGUCCUCUGUCGUGUGGAAAACACACAUGUUCAAUGAGGUGUCACCGAGGAAGCUGCGAGACAUGCAGACAGGAGGUGGAGAAGGAGUGCAGGUGUGGUAAAUACAGGAAGAUGAUGCCGUGUCAUAAAGAAUACCUGUGCGACUCCAAAUGUCCAAAGACCAGAAGCUGCCAGAGACACCAAUGCAGGAGGAAGUGUUGCCCCGGUAAUUGCCCGCCCUGCGACCAGAGCUGCGGCCGAACGCUGGGCUGCCGCAACCACAAGUGUCCCUCCGUGUGUCACCAAGGGAGCUGUUACCCUUGUCCGGAGACGGUGGACGUCCCAUGUACAUGUGGAAAAACCGCCUUAGUCGUCCCAUGUGGUCGAGAGAGGAACACGAAACCACCACGCUGUAAAGAGACGUGCAGGUGUCCUCCAUCCUGUCACCACCCGAACAGAGAGACCCACCGGUGCCACCCCGGUCCCUGCCCCCCCUGCAGACAGACCUGCCUGCUGCAGCUGCCCCGCUGCAGCCACACCUGCCCUCAGUCCUGCCACGACCUAGUGCUGGUCAAGUCCCAGCAGGUGCAGUUAGCGGGUCCGUGGGAGCAGCCGUCCGAACCCGCGUUUGUGAAGAAAGCGCUGCCCUGUCCACCGUGUCAAGUACCGAUCCCAACGGCCUGUUUUGGAGAACACGAGGUCAGCCCAGUGCCGUGUCAUCGUCAGGGUCGGUUUUCCUGUAAACGACCUUGCGGACGACCCCUGACAUGCGGCAACCACAACUGCAGCAGAGAGUGUCACCUGGUUACCGGCGGCAACAAGUGUGAGGUGUGUGACGAGGGCUGCCGUAAGCCCCGCCCCCCUGGCUGCCCCCACACCUGUGCCCGCCCCUGUCACCCGGGCGACUGCCCGUCCUGCAGCCAAAUGAUCCGCCAACGCUGCCACUGCAAGAUCACCAUGCUCUAUGUGGAGUGCACGAAGUUAACAUCAGCUGAUGAGAAGACGAAGAUGCAGCUGAGCUCCUGUAACAACCAGUGUCCAAAAGAGCUGAGCUGCGGUCAUCGCUGUAAGCAGAUGUGUCAUCCAGGUGUGUGUGAGGAGAAAUGUCAGCAGAGGGUGAAGCUGCGGUGUCCCUGCAAGAGGAUCAAGAAGGAGUUCCCGUGUUCUGUGUCGACUCAGACUGACGUUCAGUGUGAUGAUGUGUGUAGAGACCAACAGAGGAAGAUCAGCCAGCUGAAGGAGGCGGAGCAAAGAGCGGCUCAGGAGGAAGAGCAGAAGAAACUUCAGGAGGAGCUGGAGGCGUUCGAGAAGCGUCAGCAGCGAGGAGGUCGCAGGAACAAGAAGCGCGGGAGGCGAGAGGAGGCAGACGACGAGCAGGAGCGUGCGAGGAGGUGGUGGAGGAAGUGUGCCGCCCUUGUCCUGGUCCCGCUGGGCGGAGCUCUGCUGUCCGCCGCCGCCUACUACCUCCUGACCACACCCUGAACAAACACGUUGUUAGGGGAACGUGUGAGAACAUGGCUGCCUUCUCUCACUCAGUUGUUUUUCUGUCGCACUUAUUUACGUUUUAUUUUACAUUUGAGACAAAAUAUACGAUUUUUCUCAACUCAAGUGGAAUUUUCCGAACUUCCCAAAAACAAAACUGUUGUCAUCAGGCUUUACGUACUAAAAAAGUUCGCACUCAUUAUGUUAACUGUUGGGGGGGAGGGGAUACAGUUACUUUUAUCGUAAACAUUAGCAACAAUUAACGUGACAGUUUACAGCUGGACAUCUCACCAAUGUACAGUCCCAGUGAUUUAUUAUGCAUUGCCACAAGGGAGCAGUCAUUCCCCAACCUCACGAUUUAUUUUUCGCAUUAAAAAUGUUCACUGAAAACGUGUCAGCAAAAUUUAUCGUAAAAAAGCUGAUUUAUUUUUACAAUGAUCACAUCGUUAAUCACAGUUCUUUUGACGAAAAAAGAGAUGCAAUUUUUCUGUACAACCUGCAUAUUUUUGCCCAUUCAAAAAUAUUUUAGCUUUCUUGUGGGUUAACCCACGUGACUGACUUUAAAAAUUAGCUUCCUGUUUGAACUCACCUUAUAUUAAAUUUCACUUUUUUUUGUUCGUAG